UCUGCUGUUAACGAAGAAAGUGACUUGGACAGUGCAUGGGUUGAUGCUUCCCACUGAUGUCAGACAGAAAACCAAGUCCCCACUUUCCAGAAGGAUGAAGACACUUGCUCAGAAGACUGCAGUACGAAUUCUAGUCUUUAAGAAUGGCAUGGGGCAGGAUGGGCAUGAGAUUACAGUGGGAAAGGAAACAUUGAGGAAGGUUUUAGAUGUCUGCACAAUGAAAAUGAAUCUAGAUUCACCAGCCAGAUAUAUGUAUGACAUGAAUGGUAGAAAAGUUGAAGAUAUUUCAAAAGUUCCUGUGCUUGAAAAAUGCCUGCAAGAUUCCAUCACACCUUUGCGGGGACCACUUUGGGUCUCUAAGGGAGAAGGUUUCAGCCCCUCGGGUGCUAAGAUAUACAUCCAAGGAGUUCUUGGGGCCUUGUAUCCACGAUUAAAGUCUGCAAAAAAUUAUUACAAGCAGUUGAACAUGGUCCUGAACGAACAGAGAGCCAAGAUCACAGCAAAGGCCAUUCUUUCUAUGACACCAGAGGAAUACUGGAAGUCACGAGAAGAUACUCUGUACAAGUGUCACUUCCGUGCUCUAUUGCCAUGGAGCAUGAGGAGUGGAACGAGUAGCUUUCUGCUGCACAAUGAGAUGGUGCGCUUUUUCAGCAUAUGCAUGCGUAAGCCUUCUUUUGUGAAUGGGACCGAUAGGGUGAGCAUGCUGAUUGAUGAAUUGCAGACAGCUAUCAAAAGCAACAGAGGUCAUCUCGCUAAGCUUGGCCCCCAAUUACAGGCUGAACAGGAGCAGUUCUCCUCUUAUGUCUGCCAACACAUUAAGAGUCUUCCAGAAAACACCGUGGUCCCAGGAGGACUGCAUCUCAAGGUAUUUGAAAAUGGUAAAGACACUGGAGAGAUCUCUGUUUACAUCAGUAGAAAUGAUUUAAAGUGUGGUAGCCCAGCACAAGGUGACGAAACAAUGCGAAGAUUGCUUCUCAGAAUCCAUCAACGGCUUCAAGGUUCCUCCAUCAAGUCACAAGGCCUCCACUUGUCUUCAGCUCGGAUUUUUGAUGAGCAUGGUCAAGAGAUUAAGAGUCCACUGCAGCUGAAGAAUGGGCAAAAAAUUUGGCUUUCUUAUGGGAAAGCAUACAGAUCUCCUUUAAGCCCUGUUUUGGCACUGACCUUUGACCGAGUGAUUGCUUUUGCUAGAGAUGGUACCACUGCUAUCUAUAAGACCUUUAUGGAUGCUGAUGCUGCUCUGCUACUUGGAUGUGAUGAUUGGGAAGUUUGUGAGGGAUUUCCAGUGAACAUUGAGUGUACCCGCCAACAGAUCCCUGAUUGCUUUGAAAAGGUGGCCUUGGAGAACCAUUUCCUACAGAACAAGGUGGAUCCCAACAUUGUUCUUUAUGCCUCUGUUUCCAUCAGAAAGCACAGCUUCUCAAGGAGGGAAGUGAACAGUGGGAUUCAGGCAGUGUCCUCCUGGCCUGCAGCCAGCAUGUGGCUGAUCACCAAGACUGGGAUGAUCCUGAACAGAGCGAUAACUCAGGGCUGCCUGGCUAUUGGUCAUCCAGUCAGAGUUGAGACCACCCAAGGAACAUCACUAGAAGCAUACAAAUUACUGCUACGGAAAAGAGAUGAAGGAGAUGAGUCCCAGAAGUGGAUAUUUGGAACAGAUGGCUGCAUUUAUUCUAAGGCUUAUCCUCAGUUUGUCCUGACUUACCUGGAGGAGCUUACUGCUCCAAGGGAUGUGAGCCAAACAGAGGACCAUAGUCACCAUAGAGCCUGGACCACAGCUCAUCAAGAACAUGGUAGACCCUGUGUGGAAAAGGUCAGUGUGGUGGCCAGAGGCAAGAUAGAAACAGACGUCGUAGUCAAAAUCAACUGCACCAUUUCUAUGUCUCAUUACAAGGGUUUGCAAAAACACACCAACAGUCCUCUACUGAAGCAGCUGCCGGAACCCUCGGAUACUCAUGAUACGCCACAAGGCUCUCUUGAGGAAACGGAGCAGCUGGCAGUAGUGCUACUGAGGAGACUGGAAGAGAAACAUCCCAAGGCUCCUGCUCAGAGUGACUUUGUGAGCAGUGAGGGUCUCUGCUGCUACACCCACGAGCAGCCCCUUCCCUUCCCAGGGAAGCAAGCAGCUGCCAUGGACUGCAUUGACGUUUGUCUUCAUGACUCAG